AUGGACAUAGAAGCAAUCCUGAACAUCCCUCUCAGUAAUCGAGUCCACGAGGACUUCUGGUCAUGGCAUUAUGCACGGAAGGGCACCUUAACGGUGCGGUCAGCCUACCGGCUCAUGUCCUCAAUCAAACAGCAAAGAACCGACUGGCUCGAGCACAAUGAGGGCCACUCCAAUGGCGCAGCGGACAGCAGGUCUUGGGCAAAACUAUGGGGUGCUCCGGUCCCUUCCAAGGCGCCUCCAUCUGGUGAGGCCAUCUGCACCUCACGGCGCCUAAUUGGACGGUAUAAUAACGGACUUGCAGAGGGUUGAUCCCCGUCGAUGAUGGAGGACGGCCUCGCUCCGCCCGCGCGCCGGGCGCCGAUCAAAUGCCCCGCCGUCGCCGCCGCCGAGGACGUGGAGCAGCUGCCCACCCCGACGGUGACCUCCCAGGAGUUCCUCCAGUUCAAGAGGAAGGCCACCAUGAUCGUGGAGGAGUACUUCUCCACGGACGACGUGGCCGCCACGGCGAGCGAGCUGCGGGAGCUGCGCGUGCCCUGCUACCACUACUACUUCGUCAAGAAGCUCGUCUCGGUGGCCAUGGACCGCCACGACAGGGAGAAGGAGAUGGCGGCCGUGCUCCUCUCCUCGCUCUACGGCGACGUCAUCGACCGCCCGCAGGUCUACAAGGGCUUCUGCAAGCUCGCCGAGGCCUGCGACGACCUCUCCGUCGACACGCCCGACGCCGUCGACAUCCUCGCCGUCUUCGUCGCCCGCGCCAUCGUCGACGACAUACUGCCCCCGGCGUUCCUGGCGAAGCAGCUGCCGUGCCUGCCCGACGGCUGCAAGGGCGCCGAGGUCAUCCGCAGGGCGGAGAAGAGCUACCUGUCCGUGCCGCACCACGGGGAGAUCAUCCUGCAGAGGUGGGGCGGCAUCAAGAACAUCACCGUGGAGGAGGCCAAGGCCAGGAUCGCCGACAUCCUGGAGGAGUACCUCGCCGCCGGCGACACGGCCGAGGCCUUCCGGUGCAUCAGGGAACUCAACAUCCCCUUCUUCCACCACGACGUCGUCAAGCGGGCGCUCGUUCUCGCCAUCGAGCGCGGCGGCGCGGUCGAGGGCCACAUCCUGGACCUCCUCAAGUCGGCGUCGGACCAAGGUGUCAUCAACGAGAGUCAGAUCAUCAAAGGCUUCAACCGUAUGAUCGACUCUGUUGACGACUUGACGCUCGACGUGCCAAACGCGAGGUGUCUCCUGAAAUCCAUAAUCCUGAAGGCUUCGUCGGAGGGCUGGCUGUGCGAGUCGUCCCUGAAACCGUUGGGGUCGGAGCCGAAGAAGGUCGUCGAGGACGACCCCGCCGUCAAGAGGUUCAAGGCGAAGGCCGUGGCGAGCAUACACGAGUACUUCUUGACAGGGGACAUCAUCGAGUCGGUGAGCCGGCUGGAGGCUGAGAACAGCUCGUGCUCCUGCUUUUUCAACGCCAUCUUCGUCAAGAAGCUCAUCAGCUUCGCCAUGGACCGGAAGAACCGCGAGAAAGAGAUGGCCUCCGUGCUGCUGUCCUCGAUCUGCAUGCCGCCGGAGCACGUCGUCGCAGGGUUCCACCUCCUGGUCGACUGCGCCGAGGACGCCGCGCUGGACAACCCCGCCAUCGUCGAGGACCUGACCAUGUUCUUUGCCAGGUCAGUGGUCGACGAGGUUAUAGCGCCGUCGGACUUGGAGGCGGUGGAGGAGGAGGCCGGCCGCCGCAAGGCCGCGGGCUCCCCCGGGAUGCUGGCUCUGCGCAACGCCCACGCCAUGCUCGGAGCAAAGCUCUCCGCGGAGCGGAUCCUGCGGUGCUGGGGCGGUGGUGGCACCGGGAAGGCCGGGUGGGAGCUGAGCGAGGUGAAGGACAAGAUCGGCAAGCUGCUGCAGGAGUACGACAGCGGCGGCGGCGUCCGGGAGGCGUGCCGGUGCAUCAAGGAGCUCGGGAUGCCGUUCUUCCACCACGAGGUGGUGAAGAAGGCGCUGGUGGCGAUCAUCGAGAAGCGGGGCAAGGACGAGCGCCUCUGGGGCCUGCUCAGCGAGUGCUACGGCCGCGGCCUGAUCACGCCGAACCAGAUGACCAAGGGCUUCCAGAGGGUCGCCGACUGCGUCGACGACCUCGCGCUCGACGUGCCGGACGCCGGGAAGCAGCUCGGCUGCUACGUCGAGCGCGCCAAGAAGGCGGGGUGGCUGGACGCGUCCUUCUCCGCUGCCAAGCCGGGGCAGGCACCGGUCCCGGAUGGCAUUGCCGUAUGUUCGUGAGCACCGGUUACAUGCAAACACACUAGUGACAUUCCAGGGGAGCUCGUUGGGUUUGCAACAACUUUACGCCAUUAUAUUACGUGUAUGUAUGAUCUGCAGGUAUGAGAGAAGACGGUCGAUUAUGAGUAUAUAAGGCUCGCACAGGAAAUGUGCUAUAGGAUAGGGAGUAUGAUCUUCCAAAGUAGGAGGUUUUCAUGGCGUUUAGCGCGGAGGAUUUGUGCAUUGAAGAGUUUGUUUUUGCCAUUGUUUUUCUCCUAC